AUGGAAUUCCAGAAGAGUAUACUUGGAAGAUUGUUCGGCCGGUCGAAGCAGUUUGCUAGCAAUGAUGUUCCCCAGGUUCAAGAAGAGGUAGACGAUGUAGAGCCGCCCAUGGAUGAACCGACCAUUCUCGAACCCUUCAUUGUGUCGCCGACCACUGCAAAGGAAAUCAUGCUCGACCUGCCAGAUCAAUCUGCGGAGGAUGCUGUCAGCAUCGUUAAUGAUCUCGCCCUCAACGACGUCUCGAAAUCGUCUCCAAAACCUGCGGUACCAGGCAAGAGGAGGCGCCAGGAGGCAGAUGUGGUAGACGGAUCUCCAAAGAAGCGAGUUGCGAUGGGCAAUGGAUCCAAUAGGACUAGAGACGAGCCUCCUACAGCAUCUACCAAUGAAAUAACUGGGCGUGGAGGCAGAUCCAACCGUGCAUCUUCGGAAGUCGAGCAGGUGGCUCCUGGGAAGUUGCCCAGACCCAAGAAGGAGCAGAGGAAACGGCACAUGGUACAGAUCUAUCCGGCGGUGCAGAAGAGCGGUGAUAUUUGGGACCCUGCACCUAGUCCUAAGAAGCAAGUCGAGAAGUCAACCCAACCUCUUACCACAACAACAAGAAACCCCCAGAGUCCAGAGGCGACUCCGCGCCCCCGGGGACGGCCUCCUAGGGCGCGACUGUCUUCGAUAGAGCCGAAAACGACGAAAAAGAGUCAUCAUAGACCAACGCAGGGUGCAAAGGUAAAGCUUUGGCGCAAAGGACGACCAGAAGGAUACGUGAGUCCCGAAGUCGAAACUCCGGGAGCUCACGAGAUCCCAAUCGAGAGUUUGCGGCGGAAAGUAGGACCCAAAGCAGGCUCGAAAGCUUCCAGGAGUAAACCAAGCGACAAGCAUACAAAUCGAGCACCGACUUCCAAAUCUACACGCUCUGCUGCAGCAGCCAACGGUCACAAGGAUGCCAUCCUGAAUGCAAACAUUGACCUGACAAAGAAGCCUGAGCGUGAUGCUCGAAGAGCUGCGAAACAGCGAAGAAGCCUUGAGCAGGCCUCUGUAUCUACUCUAUCUAGAACGAGGGUCGACUCACUAGACGGAGCGGAAACAAGGGAGAUCGCCCGAAGCGCGCGACAUGGGGGAAAAACUGCUCGGGCCGAAGCACAGAAAGCCAGCGAUGGGGGUCAGGAAGACCUCGUCAGUGACUCUGAAUUCUCAGGUGGAGAGGAUGGGGAGGGAACGGGAGCCGAAGAAGAUGAAGGCAAAGAACUUGAAGACGCCGUAGCAAGCAAUGAUCAAAUGUCCAGUCAAACGAAUGGAGAACAAGAGAAACCCGAUGAAGAUGACUCCGAUGAAGAUGACUCCGAUGAAGAUGACUCCGAUUCAGAGGAUACUUCCGAGGUCCAGGAAAAUGAGGAAGCGGAUCAAGCGGAUGAAGAUCAUUAUGAACUCUUCGGUCAGGAGCGCGCAUGGAAGACAGUUCUUGAAGGCGCAGGCUCGGUAUGCGGAGCGAAGCUGUUACUCAAUCGUAUGCCGAAACUCCUAACCGAUACUGUCAAAGCCUUGGUCAAUGACGUGAGAGAAGCGAGAGGCUUGUACGAACAACUGCUGCCCUUCAGAGAAACUGAUCAUGGUCCACUGGAUGGUAUACAUCUCCAGUUGCGAGAGCGUCUGGAUGCCAUCGAAAAUCGCACCAGGAGUCUGUCAGAGAAGAACGCUGCUACCAAAGGCCCGGAGAUGAUCAGGGACAUAUAUGCUCGCGCUAUCCCAGCCAUGGUCUUUCUCCUGCAGUCGGCUCUGACAUCCCGAAUAUACCACUCGGGUGAGCCUUGCGAUCUCGAAACCCUAAAUGGCAACGUCAGAGGCCUUAAAGAGAUCGUUCGCCUACAGUACAUGACAAUUCUUCUCUGUGAGAAGGCUAAACGUUGGAAGAGUAAGCCCGUACCGACCAGCCGACCAAUCAUAAAGCCCAUUACUCAGAAGAUUUACCCAUACCUCAGGGUCAUACGGGAAGCUUUCGCCCAAAAGCUAUCUGAACAGGAGAGGAAAAGAAAAUUGAAGCAAAAUGACGUAGACUCUAGGAAGAAACAAAAUGAGCUCGUCCAGCUAGCCCAGCAAGUUAAGCAGGAAGCUGCGAGAAGGAACGAGAUUUUACACAGAAGGAUCAGGGAAUCCAGAGAACAAGAGGAUGAGAGACGUCGAAGUGAGAAACGAACCCUCAAGCAAACCAGAGAGGACGAGGUACAUGCCAAAAGGAGGGCCCGGCAAGUCAAUGGUCAUGUUGACUCGAGCGCACUCUGGUCCAACGCAGAGGAUCUAGAGCUGUACUUCCAGCUAGAGAAGGGAUAUUCAGGAGGCUUUACAACCGAGGAGCGUUAUUUGAACAUAUUGAAUGCGCCUCUUCUACAGAAUAAGCUUCCACAGCACAUAAGAGAGCGAGCGUUGUAUUUCAAACCAACAUUGCUGGAGGAAAGAGGAGCCGUGGAGUGGAUAUCUAGCAUAGAGUAA